GCAUUUCCGAACUCAUCUUUGACAACGGAUAUGUAUACUGUGUGUGUUCCCUACGGAAUUGCCAUAUAACUACUUCAUUAUCGAGUGACCUCGGUUGCGGGCUAGCGCUGAAGCUUGAAGAUUACGACCGUCGACCAUGACAAGCCUGAGAGUACUCCCACGUGUACACUUGAAGCAGUCGCGCUCAUGCGGUUCCCUGCGGUUCCGGUCCACGCGCACAGACAUCGGCAUGGCAGGUCACCAGACAAGCCUGAGACGAGCCCUGACCUAACGACUCGGAUAAGUUCCCCACAUCCCCUAGUGCAUCCUAGCCUACUCCUCCAACAUGGUGUCCUUGUGUUUCUAUCGUUUUGUGUCUAUAAUUCCAUAUAUUUCGACCAUCUUGGCCGUGCAAGUGCAUCCAGUCAAGCGCAAUGUCAUCUCACCUGCCACCUGCACUAGUGAAUACUCAUGGAUGGACGACGGCCAGGGCGACUCACCUUGUCUUACUGUCGCUUAUGUCGAGGCUGCAUGUUCUGGGACCAACAACUAUGACCAACCAAUCCUUCAGAACGGCUAUUCGUACUCCUUGCCAAAUUCUUCGACCGCAAAUGCAUGUUACUGUUCUUGGUCGUCCUAUAAUCUUAUGAUGGCGUGCACUAUAUGUCAAAACAAUAAUAAUUCUGCUAUCUGGGAAUGGCCUCAAUGGGCAAACGGAUGCACCGCCAACUCAUCAUGGACACAGGAAUAUUUCCCUUCUGGAUAUGUGCUUGGUGGAAAUGCUUCCAUACCUUACUGGGCCAUUACUAAUCCGACAGCAUGGCCAUCUGCAACUUUCAAUAUCAUGCAAGCAAACGCUACUUAUCAAGCGAAUGCUUCCUACGUGACCCCGAGCGUCUCAUCGUCAUCUAGCGGAUCAAGCCCAUCAUCUAGCAGUUCAAGCUCAAAAUCAACUGACGUGGGUGCGAUAGUUGGCGGUGCCAUCGGAGGCGCAGCCGCACUCUUGCUUCUCGCUAUUGCUGCCUAUUUCCUAUACAGACGCCACCUAUACAGGAAAGUACAUGCUUCUGCCAUCAACCAACAAGGGACGACCUUUAUGUCAAGCACACAUAGCCGUUUCCCUUCUGACACAUCCAACUUUGCACCAUCAAUGUCGGGCCCUCUUGCAUUGUAUGGGCAGCCCGUAUCUCCGUCGCAGCAUGAGAUUGCAUAUUCUCCACAACCUCAGACUGCAUACCCAUCUCUGCAAGGUUCAGUCUCACCUCCUCCGCCGACAGAUAUGUCCGUCUACACCACAUAUACUAGUAACGGCCAACGUUCCAAUGUUAUACCAAUGGUUUAACAGUAGGGCGUUUCUUACAAGCUCCUUAUACCUUGACAUGUCGGACGCGCCCGCAUUCGGAACUUUAUACCUAUGAUCUCCUGGCCAAUCUCCUUACGAUUUUAUUUAUUUUUCUAUGACAGGCAAGGCGGGGAUCCGGGAAAUUAUGGAAUUUACUACAUCGCAUUCUAUCAGGAUGUCAUAUUUAUGCCGUCGUUCCCGUGAUGUUAUGAUAAAUCAUGAUGCUGUUGUUUGUUACAGAAUAACAAUGUUCUGAUUUACAUCGCGUGGGAUGUGGGCAUAUUUCUGACAUGCCUUCGUUCCCUUCCUCUGAGACCCAACUCGUCCAGUUGGCAACUUCACACACAAUCCAAAAGCAUCGGUUAAAAGCGACAUAGCCACCCUUCCGAAUUAUACAGGACGAAGGCUAAUAAUAAUAUAUAUUUUUUCUUACCGAU